CAGUUUGAGAGCUUUUUAGAGAAAAUAGCUUCCCAAAUAAUAUUCAGAAAGGAGGAGGUGUUGAAAUGCAUGGAGAAUUUGAUUGAUAUGUGUAAGGAUUUGAGAAUUCAGAUUGAAAGUGCGGUACCAGAGAAUGAGUACCUGCCAAAAAGGAAGGUACGGGCAGGAGAAACAUCUGAACAAGCCGCCGAAAGAUCUAAAACUGCCGCUGCUGAAAUAACCCAUAGAGCGACAUCUGAAAAAUCGAAUCAAAACGCUGCUUUAACAUCUGAGCAAGCUGCUGAUAGCAAAUCGAAACAAGUGGCCGUUGAAUCAUGUAAACAAGUAGCUGCUCAAAAGCCAGAACAAUCCACUGAAGAACGCAAACAAAUGGCAAUUGAAAGAUCAAAAGUAGUAACCACUGAAACGUCUGAGUGGCUGACUGUUACAUCAACUGAGCAAGUCGCUGGCAAAAAAUUUGCGGAAUACACGGAAGAGCCUAAACAAGAAGCUGCAGAAAAAUUGGAAGAAGUGGCAACCGAAUCAUUUGAACAAUUGAUUAUUGUACCAAGUGAAAAAGCGGUUGCUCAAAAAUCUGAAGAAUCCAGUGAGGAGCCUGAAAAUGUAGCUAUUGAACGAUCAGAAGAAGUGGCUGCUAAAAAAUCUGAAGAAUCCAUCGACGAGCCUAAAGAAACUGCUAUUGAGAGCUUGAAAGAAAAGGCUGUCGAAUUAUCUGCAAAACAGACUGAUGUACCGAAUGAACAAGUGGCUGCCAGAAAAACUGUAGAAUCCGCUGCUCAGGAAUCUACGCAUGCGGCUAGCAAGAGUUCAAAAGAAAUGGAUACUGAAUCGUCAGAGUGUUCUAGUGUUGUAGGCGCACCGUCAAGUGCCAGGACAAGCUCACAGAGAUCAAGUAACUGUAAGGAGAAAGUGGUGGAGAUGACGGAGAUGUCGAAGAUGAUGGGGCUCUUCGAGUGCCAUGUGCGCCCGUGA